CUGGUAACACAUCCUGCACACCCUGUUUGCCAGAAUACGCUCGCAGCAUUCUUUAAAAGGCGCCGUCUCGCCGUCCGUGCUGGGUAUGUUCGUCGUGCUUCUCUUCCUUGCCACUUUUCUCUUAAACCUAUGUUCUGACCUCCCGUUACCGGCGCAGAUAGCUAGUUAGGAAUCAACCUAAAACCCCUGAACUCUCCUUGGGAACGCCUCUCUCCCAUCGCUAUUGGCUCACCCAGCAAAUGAGUUGCGGGUGAAUGAGCCGCCGAUAACGCUAUCUACGGGCUCUCUGUCUGGCUCCCUUUUAUCUUAUCAGCGCAUUCCGCCAUUUUGAGUCAGAAAGUCAAUCCGCCAUGAGCAAAGGGGGGGAUAUCAUCAUGGCGGGCGCCGUCGAGGAUUCCUGUCCUCCUUCUGUUCUCCCAUCACAGUCAACAUCGUCGUCGACUAGCAGGAGACAACAGAGCAACAUGAGCCUUUCUCAGACCUACUUUCUUGCCCAGGUGGCCCGCCACAAGCUGAUGAACGCUGCUCGACAGCCUGAUAGAAACCUCAGGGUCCUCACCGCACAUGCAAACAUGUUAGAUGGCCUCAUGGCAGACCUGGCUGAGGCAGAGAACGAGCAAGAAGACUGGUUCAAUCAGGCUGUCAGCUAUGCUAAUGCCGGAAAUGCUGUAACGAACUUCAACAACGACAACAUUCAUGAUACACUCGGGAAUCCUACCUCCGAUUUCGACUUUGACAGUGAAGAUGAUGACGACGUUUAUGACGAAUUUGACGACGAUGACGAUUACGACGAGUGCGGGUCAGACUGCAGCUGCAGCUCUGGAUCUGGAUCAGACAGCGGAGAGGACAUCGUUUUCAUGUUAGAUGCCCACAACCGUGCUAUCCAGAGAAAGCGCUCUAUUUCAACACUAUACAACGAACUAAAUUCUACCCGCUCCGAUGCAGAACAAGAAGAAGAGACAGAUUUUAAUUACUAUAAUAGAGACAAUAUCCAGCAGCCACCUGAACUUCUUCAUGAUCCGGACGAAGAAUCAGACGACGACAGCCAGCCUUCGUCUCCAAGACGGAAUAGCUUUGACUUCUUUGCUGCAUCUUCCCCCACUAUAGAGGAAACCCUGACGAGCUCAGAAGUAGAAAAGGGGGCCGAAAUCGCUCAGAGUGACGAUAAUGAUGAAGAUGUACCACUUCUCGGAUACUGUUUUUCUCGCUCUUCGGUGUUGCAUGGUUAGGUGCUAUGCUUCUUAUUCUUGCUACUUUGUCCUACUCCUCGCUGGUUGGGGGCUGGCGGUUUUGGUUGGGAAC